AAAUGCGCGGACACGUAAAAUCUCAAAUUACCGCCAAAUCCGAUCACAGAUCCAAGUUUGCUGGCAUAAAUACGUAACACUAAUGUAUAAAGUAACUUUAUUACCUAACAUUUUAAUAACAGAAUACUAAUUUCUGAGCUCUGCGAGCUUAGGUAUCAGCAGCAUUCAUCGCAGAUUGAACGUGUUUGUCCACACUCAGGACCUCACUGCUGUCUGCUGAUUACGCCUGGCGCUCUUGCUGUGCGCUUUUGAUGUUCUGAAUUGUUUAGAUGUCUUCGUCUCCUCCUCCAAAACGACAUCGCACAUCACUACUAGAACAGAACCAAAAUAAUAAUUUUGUUUUAUCCGAAAAACUCAAUCAUUCUAACGGUAUGUGUUCCAAUGGCGAAGUAACGGAGUUGGAUGAGGGAUUGUAUAGCCGCCAGUUGUAUGUUCUUGGGGCAGAAGGAAUGCGGCGAAUGGCCACGUGCGAUGUCCUUAUCUGGGGCUUAGACGGCUUGGGUCUCGAGAUCGCUAAAAACAUUGUGCUUGCUGGCGUUCGUUCUGUCACUUUGCACGACGAGACUCCUGUAUCAUGGAGUGACCUCUCCACGCAUUUCUUCGCCACGGUUGACGAUAUUGGCCACGGAAGGGCGGAGAUUUCUCGACACAAGCUGUCCGAGCUGAACAAUCAUGUGCCGCUCCAUAUUUUGUCAAAGCCAAAGCUUGUGCCUGAGGACAUCAAAAAGUUCAGCGUGGUUGUUUUGUCUCAGCCUUCGCAUUCCCAAUGUGUGGAACUCGGCAGACUCUGUCAUGAACUAGAUGUUAAACUCCUUGUCGCGUAUACCUGCGGCGUGUUCGGUAUGGCUUUUUGCGAUUUUGGUGAGGAUUUCACUGUUGUCGACCCAACUGGCGAAGACCCACCGUUCGUCAUGAUUCAACAAAUUGAGAAGUCUAAACAAGGCUUGGUCACCUGCCUGGAAGAAACCCGACAUGACUUUGAGAACGGUGACUACGUUACUUUCUCGGAAAUCAAAGGGAUGCUAGAAUUAAAUAACUGUCAACCACGAAAAAUAAGCGUUGUUGGACCUGAUGCUUUCACUAUUGGAGACACAUCUACUUUCUCGGACUAUAUCUCUGGUGGUAUAUGUACCAAGGUAAAAAUGCCGAGGAAGAUGACAUUCAGCUCUUAUUCCGACGCUUUCACGAACCCAGUAUUCAUGGUGACUGAUUUCACGAAGAUCGAUCGUUCGGCCCAGCUUCACCUAUACUUCGCAGCUCUUUCCAAAUACGUGGAACAACACGGCAAAUUGCCAAAUUCGUGGUGUCGAGCUGAUGCGAAGAAAUUCUAUUUAGCUGUCGAAGGCCUAAACGCCACUUUAAAAGGCACUCCAGCAUAUGUCAAACAGAUCGAUCAGCAGCUGUGCGAUCUAUUCUCCUUCACCUCUAGUGGCCAAUGCUGUCCCAUACAAGCCGUUGUGGGGGGGUUUGCAGCACAAGAGGUCAUGAAAGCGUGCACGGGGAAAUUCACACCACUCUGCCAGUGGUUCUAUUUUGAUUCUACUGAAUGCCUGCCAACUUCAGUAAUCACAGAAUCGGGUGAAAACGGCGCGGCCGUUAUGGGUGACACGAAGCUUUGUGGCACCCGUUACGAUGGUCAAAUCGCCAUAUUUGGCCGGCCAUAUCAAGAGAAACUAAACAACCUGAACUAUUUUAUGGUUGGCGCUGGCGCUAUUGGCUGCGAGUUGCUGAAGAAUUUUGCGCUCAUGGGAGUUGGGACUGGUCCUCAUGGUAAAAUUACACUGACGGAUAUGGACUCUAUCGAGCGGUCAAACCUAAAUAGACAAUUCCUCUUCCGCCCUUGGGAUAUCUCAAAAAUGAAAGCCACGGUUGCAGCUGCUACCGUGAAGAAAAUCAACCCCGAGAUGCACAUCGACGCACACGAGAACCGCGUUGGUCCCGAAACCGAAAAUAUUUACAACGACGAAUUCUUCGAGGGUCUUGAUGGCGUCGCAAACGCUCUGGAUAACGUCGAGGCCCGUACCUAUAUGGACCGCCGCUGUGUCUAUUACAGAAAACCUUUGUUAGAAUCCGGUACCCUUGGCACCAGGGCUCAUGUUCAGGUCAUCAUUCCAUAUCUGACCGAAUCCUAUUCUUCAUCUCAAGAUCCGCCCGAGAAAUCUUUCCCUGCUUGCACACUGAAAAAUUUCCCCUAUCUCAUUGAGCACACUCUUCAGUGGGCACGAGAUCUUUUUGAAGGAAUCUUCGUUCAACAAACCCUAAGUAUGAUUUCUUACCUACAGGAACCCGACAAAUUUAUAGAACGUACGCUGGCCGGCCCAGGCAACCAGACACUGGAAACGAUGGAGACAUUGAAGUCUAACUUAGUUGAUAAGCGACCCACUAACUUUGAAGACUGCGUUACGUGGGCUCGUUUGUUAUGGCAGGACCUAUUCGCAAAUACCAUCUCCCAGCUGCUGUUCAAUUUUCCUCCGGAUCAUGUCACCUCAUCUGGAGCUGAUUUCUGGUCCGGAACCAAACGCUGUCCUCAUCCUUUAGAAUUCGAUAUCAACAACGCCACCCACGUGGACUUCAUUGUUGCAGCGGCCAAUUUACGCGCGUUUGCCUUCGGUAUCCCUCCAUGCCGCAAUAUGGGGAAACUGAUUCCCAUAAUUCAAUCCGUACCCGUGCCCCCGUUUAAACCGCGCACCGGCGUGCGAAUUGAUGUCACUGAUACCGAAGCUCAAGCACGUUCGGCUCCCGUGGCAGAUGCCACUCGUUUGGAAGAAAUUCGCAACACCCUAGCCAGUAGCGGUGUUAUCAAUGAUGUGAAAAUCAUUCCGAUCGAAUUCGAAAAGGAUGACGAUUCCAACUUCCACAUGGACUUCAUCACAGCGGCUAGUAAUUUGCGCGCCGAAUGCUAUGACAUACAACCAGCGGAUCGACUGAAGAGCAAGCUGAUCGCGGGGAAAAUUAUCCCAGCGAUUGCAACCACUACCAGCAUAGUUGCUGGGCUAGUUUGUCUCGAAUUUUACAAGCUCGCUCAAGGCCACAAAGAUCUCACUUUGUACAAAAACGCUUUCGUGGAUCUCGCUGUGCCGUUCUUCACAUUCUUUGAACCAGUCCCUCCAGUGAAAUCGAAGUACUGCUCCACGGAAUUCACCUUGUGGGACCGCUUUGAACUCGUUGGACCAAUGACAUUGAAAGAUUUUUUGAACUAUUUCAAGAAAGAGUACAAUUUGGACGUUACGAUGUUGUCGCACGAUGUAUCAAUGCUGUAUGCCUUCUUCAUGCCUGAAUCGAGAAGGAAAGAACGGAUGUCUAUGCCUCUUCGUCAGUUAGUGGAGACUGUCAGCAAGCGACCGAUUCCCCCGCACGUGAAGGCGCUUGUCUUCGACCUGUGCUGCAGUGACGCCGACGGUGAGGACGUGGAUGUUCCAUACGUCCGUUACCUCUUCGAACCAUCGAGUACCAAUUGAAGCGCGCGCUACGGGUCUAAGCCAACGACCAUCGCUGUGCACAUUCGAAGCGGUUCGAUCUUCACCGCCUGCUCGGUCGUGUUUUUUUAUCUCUUUAACUGACCGCUUUUACUACUACUUCUGUCUGUGUGGUGGUGCACCAGCGGUGUUAAGCUGCUUAGUGGCGAUGUUGUGUACGAGGCGAUUUUCCUUCGAAUUUUUUCACAAUGAAUCAAAGAGCGCUCCCUUUACCGCGCUAAUCAACAACUCCGCUUUCGACGGUUUAUUUGCUUUGUUGGUGCUCGUGGGCGCAUGCAUUUGGCUAGUUCUUGUUGAGACAAUUGGGUUCACUCGCUCUACUGUGUAUUAUCGAUUCAACAGUCUUGGAUGCUCCACCGUCACCCACCGCGAGCGAACCGUUCUAAUUUUCUCUAUAUGAAUCAACCGUAAUAAUAUCUUCUUUGCCACGC